CAAACGAAAGAAAAAAUGAAAGUAUAUCCUGAAUUAACAAAUUCAAGGCCAGAAUUUCGUGUUAUACCGGAGGAGCUAAAUGAACAUUUACACGCCUUGGGUGCUCCUCAUUUGGAUUCAUUCAAUGAAUUACUAGAAUAUGGCCUGAAAAAUAUUACAAAACAUCUACAACCAUGUAGUUUUCUAACGCCAGCCGGUGAAAAGUUGGAAAUGUAUAUACAAGAUAUACAAAUAUCAAAACCUCAAGUGCCUUUUUCCGUAGUUGAUGUCAAGGAACGGAGUAUAUUUCCCACCGAAGCAAGACAACUGCACAAAUCAUAUACGGGUAUGUGUUCCAUAAAGGUGGGCUGGCGUGUAGAUGGCAUCGAAAAGGCUCCCAUUGAUGUUGAAUUGGGCGAAAUACCAAUUAUGCUGAAAUCCAAUGCCUGUAACUUGGGUAAACUAAAACCGGAGGAAAUGGUCAAACGUGGUGAACACGAUUCGGAAUGGGGUGGUAUAUUCAUCAUAAAGGGUAAUGAGAAAAUCAUACGUAUGCUGUUGAUGAGUCGUCGUAAUUAUCCAAUUGCCAUUAAAAGAAGUACAUGGAAAAAUCGUGGUUCCAAUUUCAGUGAAUUGGGUAUUAUGAUACGUUCGGUGCGGGAGGAUGAGACAUCGUACAAUAAUGUUUUACAUUAUCUGAAUAAUGGUACCUGUAAAUUUAUGUUCUCCAAUAUGAAAUUUAUGGCCUAUGUACCGGUUUGUUUGAUUAUCAAAUGUUUGGUUGAUUAUACCGAUGAAGAAAUUUAUAGGCGUUUGGUUCGAGGCUAUGAGGAUGAUCAAUACUAUUUGAGUUGUGUUCAACAAAUGUUACGUGAUGUACAUGCCGAAGGUUUGCACACAUCGGGUCAGUGUAAAGAUUAUGUGGGACAAAUCUUUAGAUCUCGUUUUCCCGAAUUACCUAGUUGGAAAACCAAUACAGAGGUUGCUGAAUUCAUUAUGGAUCAACGUGUUUUGGUACAUCUGGAAACGAGUAAGGAGAAGUUUGAUUUAGUCGUAUUUAUGAUACAGAAAUUGUAUCAAUGUGUCCAGGGUAAUGCCAAAGUGGAAAAUGUGGAUUCUGUUAUGAUGCAGGAGGUAUUGACAUCGGGUAGUUUAUAUCAGAAAUUCUUGGGCGAUCGUGUCGAUCUCUGGUUACAGUAUGCCAAAAAGACUUUGCUUAAGAAACUCAACACCCCUGAUGCCUUGAUUAAUGCCAGCAUUAUGUCAACCGCCUUACGUAGUUCGGGUGGCAUUAGCCGUGCCAUGGAAUCAUUUUUGGCCACGGGUAAUGCGCCAUCACGCAGCGGUCUGGGUCUUAUGCAAAGUUCCGGUUUAGUUGUUAUGGCUGAAAAUAUUAAUCGUAUGCGUUAUAUGUCACAUUUCCGGGCGGUGCAUAGAGGUUCAUUCUUCACCACUAUGCGUACAACCGAGGCACGUCAAUUGUUACCCGAUGCUUGGGGUUUUAUUUGCCCUGUACACACACCUGAUGGUACGCCAUGUGGUUUGUUGAAUCACUUGACUGUCACAUGUAGAAUAUCCACAAUGCCCGAUAAGAAAUUGGUCGAUAAUAUACCAAAAACAUUGGUAGAAUUGGGUAUGCUCCCGGUCGACUCAGAUCUAAAAGAUCCAGCUGGUAAAUUGUUUGUUGUAUUCCUUGAGGGAAAACUUUUGGGUUAUAUUCGACAAGCAGAUGCUGGAAAAAUUGUGGACAACUUACGAUUGUUGAAAAUCGAAGGCACUCUACCAGAAAUGAUGGAAAUUGCCUAUGUGCCAUACAAGAAGAAGGGUCAGUUUCCUGGUCUAUAUUUAUUUGUUGGUCCAGCACGUUUAAUGCGUCCUGUUAGAAAUCUGGCAUUGAAUAAAAUCGAAUUCAUUGGUUCACUGGAACAAGUUUACAUGGAAAUUGCCAUAGAUGCUAAGGAAAUUUAUCCAGGAUUUACCACACACAUGGAACUCUCCAAAACUGAUUUCUUAAGUAACUUGGCCAAUUUGAUUCCCAUGCCCGAUUAUAAUCAGUCACCGCGUAACAUGUACCAGUGUCAGAUGGGUAAACAAACCAUGGGUACACCAUGUUUAAAUUGGCCCAAACAGGCUGCCAACAAAUUGUAUCGUAUACAAACACCCGGUGCUCCAUUAUUUAGACCCGUCCAUCAUGAUAAUAUCCGUUUGGAUGAUUUUGCCAUGGGCACCAAUGCCAUUGUGGCAGUAAUUUCCUACACAGGCUAUGACAUGGAAGAUGCCAUGAUUAUAAAUAAAUCGGCACAUGAACGAGGCUUUGCAUAUGGUUCCAUAUACAAAUCUAAAUUUCUGGAAAUGCGUGGCAGCAAUUAUUUUGCACGCAACCCUAAUAUGCCGGAAUUAAGUAAAACCUUGGACAAUGAUGGUUUACCACAUCCAGGCUCGAAGUUAUCAUAUGGCAAUCCCUUUUAUAGUUACUACGACACCGAAGAAUCCACCUAUAAACUAGUCAAAUUAGAUGAGAAAGAAGAUUGUAUUGUCGACAGUGUACGCUAUUGUGGUAGCUUUAAGGCCAAUGAACCACGUAUGGUAUGCGUCACGUUGCGUAUACCACGUCCACCCACAAUUGGUGAUAAAUUCGCUUCGCGUGCCGGUCAAAAGGGUAUCUGUUCUCAAAAAUAUCCUGCCGAAGAUUUACCUUUCUCCGAGACUGGUUUAAUUCCCGAUAUUGUUUUCAAUCCUCACGGUUUCCCCUCUCGUAUGACAAUUGCUAUGAUGAUCGAAACAAUGGCAGGGAAAAGUGCUGCGCUACAUGGCCUAGUGCAUGAUGCUACACCUUUUCGGUUUUCCGAAAAACACACUGCCAUCGACUAUUUUGGAAAACUAUUAGAGGCUGGUGGUUACAACUAUUAUGGUACCGAACGUUUAUAUUCCGGCGUGGAUGGUCGUGAAAUGACCGCCGACAUAUUCUUUGGCAUUGUCCACUAUCAACGUCUACGUCACAUGGUAUUCGACAAAUGGCAAGUACGUUCGACGGGUCCUGUUGAUGCCAUUACACAACAACCCAUUAAGGGUCGUAAACGUGGUGGUGGUGUACGUUUUGGUGAAAUGGAACGUGAUGCCUUGAUAUCACAUGGUGCUGCAUUCUUACUGCAAGAUCGUCUCUUCCAUAAUUCGGAUAAGACACAUUCGUUGGUCUGUAAUAAAUGUGGUAGUAUAUUGGCGCCAUUGAAGAAAAUCGUUAAACGUUCACAAAAUACUGGUAAAUUGCACUCGGUACCCGAUACAUGUCGUUUGUGUGGAGAUGGUUCGGGUGUUGGUUAUAUUGAAAUUCCUUGUUCAUUUAAAUAUUUGGUGACAGAACUGAGUUCGGUGAAUAUAAAUGCAAGAUUUAAACUGAUGGAGAUUUAA